UCAGUGGAUCAUCUUUACUGUAUGUCAUGCUGUUUACAGUAUUACACGACCGCUCCCCGACAACGGAGUGUUUUUCCUCGAAAAUUACAGUACAAUAUUUCCGUUUCGUGAUAAGAUCUGGAAUAGUGCAUUAUCUCAUGUGUUUGAAUCCCCAUUAUAUGUGCUUGAAACAAAUCAAGCAAUAUUAACCAUACGCGAGUGUUAGUGUACGAUUCAAAUAAAAUUGGCAAAGAUUUCUGUUGAAGAAAGAAAAAAUGACUAGUCCAGUGCAGUCAUCAAACGGUGCAAUGAACAACGCGCUGCUGGAACACUUUCAGAAGAUUGACGUUAAUGUGGUUGAUGAGCCAAAAACCUUCGCUGAUCAUGUUGCCAGUUUUUGCCAUCGCUGGCAUAUUAAGAAAAUGUUAUCGCAUCUUGGUUUACUAGUGUCUCUUGCCAUCUACUGCGGUGUUGGUGGAUAUAUUUUUCGCGAGUUUGAACGACCGGCUGAGGUUAAUCGAAUUCAAGGUCUACGAAAGCUCUUGGUCCAGCACAGGCAAGAGUUUAUCUACUCCAUCGUUAAUAAUACGGACGUACAGAAUUUGGAUCGACUUCUGACACUAGAACUCGAAAAGUACGAGCAGGUGGUUCAAGAUGCGGCACAAGGUGGGAUUUUGAUCGACGCUAAUGAGAACUUCCCAGUAGCGGUUGAGAAAUGGAGCAUGCUUCAGGCAGUCUUUUUUGCUUCCACUGUAAUUACAACUAUAGGAUAUGGUAACAUCGUUCCUGUUACACUAGGUGGCAGAGUUUUUUGCAUGUUGUUUGCUCUCAUUGGGAUACCUUUCACUUUGACUGUAAUAGCUGAUUGGGGUCGCCUGUUCGCUACAGCUGUCUCAAUUCUGGCUAAAAACAUUCCUGAUUUACCUUUGGCAAAAUUUUGUCCUGAUGUUGGGAUCAAAAUGUCCGACAAGAAAUGGCUGUAUGCAGUUGGUGCAGUCGGUUUCCUGGGUGUGUAUCUGGCUGCUGGAACUGGGCUACUAUUGUUAUGGGAAGAAGAUUGGGAUUUCUUUGAUGGAUAUUACUUUUGCUUCAUUACGAUGACCACUAUUGGAUUCGGUGAUUUAGUACCAAGCAAACCAAACUAUAUGCUGCUGUGCACGUUAUACAUUCUGGUUGGAUUAGCCCUUACCAGCACUAUUAUUGAGCUGGUUCGAAGACAAUACGCACAAAGCUGGCAGAAAUUACAGGCACUCUCGGGACCAUUAGCGGAAACUUUACGCAGAUUGGGAGAAUCGGCCGGAACCGGUAUAGACGUUACAGCUCUUCACAAUGAUUUACGCCGUGUGUUGACUGUUGUAUCAAUGCCGCGCAGACAUGGAAACAAAAAGGCACAAGCGAAAGAGAUGGCUGCCUUAGAAGCUAUCACAAAUGCUAUUUUGCAGGACAUAAAGGAAAAGCAAAACAGUCAGGAAGGGGUACCAAAAGUGGUACAAAUUGUUAUCUACGAAUCUUCAGUGUAAUUGUAAAAAGUUCUCAAUAAAAAUAGGCAUUUCCUAUUCAUAAAAGAAACGUA